AUGGGACCAUUUAUAUUCGAAAAAUUGCAGAGCUCAACUUUAUUAAUGACCGAAAAUUUGCAAGGAUUUCCAAUAGAUCCAUCGUGGAAAAGAAUUGAGAUUCUGAAACAUUUUGAGAGUUUGGGAGAUGUUCGAUUCAAAAAAUUUGAAUUCACAGUUCCAGAAGUUAAAAAUGUUUAUUUCAAAGUCACUGAAAAUGGGACAAUUGAUAGAACUCGAAUGGCUUUUGAAAUCGAAUAUUAUUUGAAUAUUGGAAAAGUGAGAUCGGUUGUGAUUACUAGAUUUUCAGAAAAAUUUAAUUGUUAUAAAAUAUAUCAUCAUAUUCGACUUUGUAUUUAUGGAGGAAAACCUGAUUGUGGAAAUAUUUAUGGGAUUAGAAUGCAUUUGAAGAUUUUGAUGGAUAAGCUGAAAACUAUUCCUAGUUUUGUUUUGGAGAAUAUUUAUUGA